AUGUCGGGCUUAUCUAAAACAUCAGUUUUGGUUGAGGAGGGUGGUAAUCAGUGUAGAAAACGUUCCCAUUUAAGUGUAAGCAACGAUCAGUGUAGCAAAAGAACAAAAAUUGAGGAAAUGAGCGUAAAUGAAAAGAAAUCUAACUUCUCAAUGCUUAAUCCAAACUCCAACGGUACUAUAAAAAUGACGUCGUCAUCGAUGAACAAACCCGGGGCAACAACCAAGAAGCUGGUUAUAAAAAACUUUAAAAGUAAACCGAAUCUUCCAGAAAAUUAUCAGGAGACGACAUGGAGCAAAUUGCGGGAGGCAGUUAUAGCUAUACAAACUUCAAAGGCAAUCGCCUAUUCUUUAGAAGAAUUAUACCAAGCAGUUGAAAAUAUGUGUAGCCAUAAGAUGGCAUCACAAUUGUAUGUUAAUUUGACCAACCUGGUUGAAGCACAUGUGAAAUCUAAUAUAGAACAGUUCUUGUCUGAGAGUAUGGAUCGACAAGUGUUUUUGAAACGCAUGGAUGAUUGCUGGCGUGCGCACUGCAGACAAAUGAUUAUGAUUCGCAGCAUAUUCCUUUACCUUGACCGAACCUAUGUACUGCAAAAUCCAAGCAUACAUUCUAUAUGGGACAUGGGUCUAGAUCUCUUCAGGCACCACAUAGCAAUGAACACACUGAUUCAGACACGCACUGUAGACGGGCUGCUGCUGCUCAUAGAGAGAGAGCGAGGUGGCGAUGCAGUGGAUAUCUCCUUGCUCAAGAGCUUGCUCCGAAUGCUCAGUGAUUUGCAAAUAUAUCAAGAUGCAUUCGAACACAAAUUCUUACAAGCUACAGAAAGGCUGUAUGCAGCAGAAGGUCAAAGACUGAUGAGGGAGUUGGCUGUCCCGCAGUACUUGGCGCACGUUGAAAAGAGGCUGCGAGAAGAAAAUGAGCGACUCUUACAUUAUCUAGAUCCUUGUACUAAAUGGCAAUUAAUUCACACAAUUGAGCGACAGCUCCUCAGUGAGCCGCUCACAGCCAUCCUCAGCAAGGGGUUGGAGUCACUGAUGGACGGUCCCCGGCUGCACGACCUCACCACACUCUACAGCCUCUUCAGCAGAGUGAAGGAUGGGCUCACUGAGCUCUGUAAUCAUUUCAAUGCAUAUAUUAAGAAAAAAGGUCGUACAAUAGUAAUCGAGCCCGAGCGUGACAAGACUAUGGUAGCGGAGCUGUUGGAGUUCAAGGAGCAACUGGACAACAUCGUCAGCACCUGCUUCCAGAGGAACGACCGCUUUCUAUAUUCUAUGCGAGAGGCCUUUGAGUACUUCAUUAAUCAGAGACAGAAUAAACCCGCUGAACUUAUUGCAAAAUUUGUCGAUUUAAAACUUCGUGCUGGCAACAAAGAAGCUACAGAGGAGGAAUUAGAGAGGCUACUAGAUAAAAUAAUGGUCCUGUUCCGUUUCAUACACGGCAAGGAUGUGUUCGAGGCAUUCUAUAAGAAGGAUUUGGCAAAAAGACUGUUAGUAGGGAAAUCUGCGUCUGUGGAUGCUGAAAAGUCAAUGCUCAGUAAAUUAAAACAGGAGUGCGGAGGUGGCUUCACCUGCAAAUUGGAAGGCAUGUUCAAAGAUAUGGAACUCUCUAAGGAUAUUAAUAUCACAUAUAAACAGCACCUGGCGGCGAGCUCAGAAGGCGGCGGGCUGGAGCUAUCGGUGUACAUCCUGACGCAGGGCUUCUGGCCCACGUACCCGCCGGCGGAGGCGCGCUUGCCGCCCGCGCUCACGCGCCACCAGGACCACUUCGCCAAGUUCUACCUCGCCAAGCAUUCGGGCCGCAAGCUGCAGUGGCAGCCCACGCUCGGCCACUGCGUGCUGCGGGCGCACUUCGCACAGGGUAACAAGGAACUUCAAGUGUCACUAUUCCAAGCUCUCGUAUUAAUGCUCUUUAAUGAUGGAGAUAACCUCUCUUUUGAAGAGAUAAAAGCUGCAACUAACAUAGAGGCGGGCGAGCUGCGGCGCACGCUGCAGUCGCUGGCGUGCGGCAAGGCGCGCGUGCUGGCCAAGCUGCCGCGCGGCCGCGACGUGCGCGACGCCGACCACUUCGCCUUCCACGCAGACUUCACCAACAAGCUCUUCCGCAUCAAGAUCAACCAGAUACAGAUGAAGGAGACGAGUGAAGAACAAAAGGCGACCGAGGAGCGAGUGUUCCAGGACCGGCAGUACCAGAUAGACGCGGCCAUCGUGCGCGUCAUGAAGAUGCGCAAGGCGCUCUCGCACAACCUCCUCAUCUCGGAGCUCUACAACCAGCUCAAAUUCCCAGUCAAACCGGCAGACCUCAAAAAGCGCAUCGAGUCGCUCAUCGACAGAGACUACAUGGAGCGCGACAAAGACAACUCCAACCAGUACAACUACGUGGCG